UGUUUGUUUUAAGGAGUAAAAAUGAAGUGAAACCUGUAGAACAAACAAACCCCUAUCCGUAAAACGAACACCAGAAAUCAACGAUGCCAAUUAGUUGCAGCAUUCGAGCUCUAUGGAUCCUCAACAAUCAAGACACCGUCGUCUUCUCUCGGAGGUUUUCGGUAGUUGAGAGACGUUGGAGUGUUGCUGUUAAGAUAGCAAAUGAGCGGUCUAAAGAUGAUCUAGAUUUGAAUGUGUUGUCUUCGUCUCUCCCGAAUGAUUCGGAGCUAGCUGCUGCGUUUUCGGAACGAAAAAAGAGGGAAGGGUCUGCGCUUGGGUAUGGAAUACGGGUCAAACAGUCUACUGAAGGAUCAGAUUCAUGGGUUGAUGAUCCAAUUAUGCGUCAUAUAGUAAGUCUUCAUGCUAAGAAAGAGGAAAACGGGGAAGAUCAUACACUGUGGCCGCUCAUUUUGCAUGCCAAGGGUCAAUAUUACAUACUUGUAUUGCCAUUGGUUGAACCCGAUCAUUUAAAAACAUACAACACGCUAUGUAGGAGGUCUGAUUGUGGCAAUGGUGUUGGAGUUGAUGGAAAAUUGUCUUCCCUCUUGCUUCAACUUCCAUGCAUCACAGGAGCAUUCAUGGUGGCCCAUGUUCUAGGCGACAUAAUUACAUCAGAUAUCCCAGAACCAGAAGUGGUUGUAAGUGCAGGACCUUCUGUUGGAGGCUUAUUAGAUUCCCUAACCGGAAGUAUCGGCAUUUCCACCAGACCGAAACCAGUAGCACCACCAGUUGCAGCUUCUACUAAUUCCACCGCCAUUGGCGGUGGCUCCAAUACAUCAGACGCUCCAAAAGUUGGUCCCAGUAACCUCGAUAAAGAUGCACUUCGAAGCUUCAUAAGCACCGCAAUGCCCUUCGGUACACCCUUGGACCUCAGCUACUCGAAUAUAACUGCAAUUAGGACCAAUGGGUUCUCACCAGCUGACGUGGCACCUGUAGACAGCAAGCAACCAGCUUGGAAGCCGUAUCUUUAUAAAGGAAAGCAGAGACUGCUAUUCACUAUUCACGAGAUUGUUAACGCAGCAAUGUACGACCGAGACGAGAUUCCCGAUAGCAUAUCGGUCUUGGGUCAAGUAAACUGUCGGGCAGAAUUAGAGGGACUGCCCGACGUCCUGUUUCCACUGACCGGAUUAGACAGUAAACGGAUCGAGAUAUUAUCGUUUCACCCAUGUGCUCAAGUUCCCGAACAAGGUGGCGGUGAUAAACAGGCAGUGAUGUUUUCACCACCACUAGGUAAUUUCGUAUUAUUACGGUAUCAAGCUCCGUGUUCUGUUCCAGUGAAGGGAUUUUACCAGCUUUCAAUGGUGUCGGAAAACGAAGGCGCUUUUUUAUUUAAAUUAUCUUUAAUGGAAGGUUAUAAGGCGCCGUUAACUAUGGAAUUUUGUACGGUGAAUAUGCCUUUUCCUAGAAGAAAGGUAAUUUCAUUUGAGGGGACGCCUUCCAUUGGUACGGUUUCUUAUACCAAGCACUCUGUUGAAUGGAAAAUUAUAGCGAGUGGUCGAGGGGUUGGUGCGAAGAGUAUUGAAGCAACUUUUCCGGGAACUGUUAAGUUUGCUCCGUGGAAAGGUCAAAGUGCAGUUGACUCUGGAUCUGUUCAAGGUGGCGAUGAAGAUAGUGAUACGGAGAUAGAGCAGGGGAGUAGCAUGGUUAAUGUAGAGGACUAUUUGGUGGAGAAAAUGAAUAAGCAUCUUCCAGCUGUUGAUUUAGAAGAACCGUUUUGCUGGCAUGCAUACAACUAUGCAAAGGUUUCUUUCAAGAUGUCGGGGACAUCUCUUGCAGGAAUGAUGAUAGAUCCUAAAUCUGUAAACAUCUUUCCAUCUGUGAAGGUUCCUGUGGAGUAUUCAACACAGGUCCACUCUGGGGAUUAUAUCUUAUGGAAUACAUUAGGAAAAUGCCCGGUUGCUGUUACACCAGCAAACUGAUAACUUUUGUUCAAUCCUGCAAACAUUUAACCGCGAGGUGCUCGGUUUCCUUUCUUUUGUGUAUCGACGUGGAGUUUGAUUCAAACUCGACUCAAGUGGUGUGCAAGUUUUAGUUCUUUCAUUUUGUUAAUGCAGUUUCCUCUCAACAUUUAUUUUUUAAAAUUUUCCCGCUUUUUGUUGGUCGCAUUAUCUUCUCAAAUUUUAAUCCAUAUAUGAAAGACCUCCCAAAACAGGUUGUUUUGUUUACUCAUUCUUGAAUUCCUUCAAAAGCAACUUCUUGUAUGCUGUUAUUGUUUUCUAUGCUUGAGAUAGUUCAUAGGUUAGUUAUAGAAAUAACUCUACAGGCUUCGUAUGUUUGACAUGAAGAGAAUCAAUGGAAAGUUUAAUGAUUA